AUGGCCUCCCUCCCAGAAUUCUCUCGUAUUGUGCGAUUUGUGCCUAAGUCUAGUCCUUCACGGGUUCUUAUCGGCCAGCCGCUGCAGAAAGCCUUGGACGUUGGCGUCGCGAUACGCAGGGGCGAACCUGUCUUGGUGGACAUCUUCUCUGGCAUCUCGAUCCUGUCGCCAGGGAAAGCAACGGGCGUGAUCGAAAUUAUUGACCGCAUCCUAUCACCUUUGGCUCAGGAAGAAGUUGGAACCAUCAGAUGCAUUGGGUUGAAUUACAAACAGCACGCAGCUGAAGUGCAAAUGGACAUCCCCUCCACCCCUACAGUCUUCCUGAAGCCCGCUACAGCCAUCGGAGACCCUUGGCCUGCUCCAACAAUCCUACCUAAGCUCACGCAGCUCGAUGAUUGUGGCGAUUACGAGUCGGAGUUGGCAGUCAUCAUUGGCAAGACAGCCAAGAACGUCAGUGAGGCCGAAGCUCUUGACUACAUCCUGGGCUACACAGCUGCAAACGACAUAUCAAGCCGGACCUCUCAGCUGAACCAGUCGCAAUGGUCAUUCUCCAAGGGCUUCGAUGGAACAUGCCCUCUAGGUCCCGUCGUUGUUUCCACGUCUAUGAUUCCCGACAUAUCAACUCUUUGGCUUCGGGGAAUAAAGAACGGCAAGGUUCUUCAAGAUUGUGGCAUCAAUGAUCUUAUCUUCAGCGUUCCGAAGCUAGUUAGCUUUCUCUCGCAGAGCACUACCCUCCCCGCUGGUACUGUCAUCAUUACCGGAACCCCAGCUGGAGUUGGCUGGGGUCGGACACCUAAGGAGACACUGAGACAUGGUGAUGAGUUUGCAGUUGAGAUUUUGCCACACAUUGGAACGCUCUUUAAUGUCUUUGAGAAUGAAGAGUAG